GCGUGGGGGUCCUCCGUGAACCCUGACCUGAGCUCUGGGUAAGCGUCCCGCGUCUACUACCCCCGCCCCCGGAGCGAAGGAGGCGGGUUUUGGCCUCUUGCCCUGUGGAGGGAGUGGGAGCGAGACAGGCCCGAGUGGAAGUGUCUGGCUCCCCGGAGCGGCCCUGCAGUAUUCCUCGCUGCCCAUGAGCUCGUUCUCCAGCGAGCAGCGCCGUCGUUAGGCCAGCCGGGUAGCCUCUGCUUCCCCCGGGACAGGCCCACGCCUCGUCGGGGAGGGGGCAGCCUGUCGAGGCGCCUCCCUAGUCAGCGUCUGCGUCGCGCUGCGACCCUGGAAGCGGGAGCCGCCGCGAGCGAGAGGAGGAGCCCCAGCGGCGGCAGCGGGCAGGAGCACCAGCAGCGCCAGCGGGCGGGAUCGAGGCCGUCAACAUGGCGAGCGCCUCGUACCACAUUUCCAAUUUGCUGGAAAAAAUGACAUCCAGCGACAAGGACUUCAGGUUUAUGGCUACAAAUGACUUGAUGACAGAACUGCAGAAGGAUUCCAUCAAGUUGGAUGAUGACAGUGAAAGGAAAGUUGUGAAAAAUUUGAAGUUACUGGAAGAUAAAAAUGGAGAGGUACAGAAUUUAGCCGUCAAAUGUCUUGGCCCUUUAGUGAGUAAAGUGAAAGAAUACCAAGUAGAGACAAUUGUAGAUACCCUCUGCACUAACAUGCUUUCUGAUAAAGAACAACUUCGAGAUAUUUCAAGUAUUGGCCUUAAAACAGUAAUUGGAGAACUUCCUCCAGCUUCCAGUGGCUCUGCGUUAGCUGCUAAUGUAUGUAAAAAAAUUACUGGGCGUCUUACCAGUGCAAUAGCAAAGCAGGAAGAUGUCUCUGUUCAGCUAGAAGCCUUGGAUAUUAUGGCUGAUAUGUUGAGCAGGCAAGGAGGACUUCUUGUUAAUUUCCAUCCUUCAAUUCUGACCUGUCUGCUCCCCCAGUUGACCAGCCCUAGACUUGCAGUGAGGAAAAGGACCAUUAUUGCUCUUGGCCAUUUGGUUAUGAGCUGUGGAAAUAUAGUUUUUGUAGAUCUUAUCGAACAUCUGUUGUCAGAGUUGUCCAAAAAUGAUUCCAUGUCAACAACAAGAACCUACAUACAGUGUAUUGCUGCUAUUAGUAGGCAAGCUGGUCAUAGAAUAGGUGAAUACCUUGAGAAGAUAAUUCCUUUGGUGGUAAAAUUUUGUAAUGUAGAUGACGAUGAAUUAAGAGAGUACUGCAUUCAAGCCUUUGAAUCAUUUGUGAGAAGAUGUCCUAAGGAAGUAUAUCCUCAUGUUUCUACCAUUAUAAAUAUAUGUCUUAAAUAUCUUACCUAUGACCCAAAUUAUAAUUACGAUGAUGAAGAUGAAGAUGAAAACGCCAUGGAUGCGGAUGGCGGUGAUGAUGAUGACCAAGGGAGUGAUGAUGAAUACAGUGACGAUGAUGACAUGAGUUGGAAAGUGAGACGUGCAGCUGCUAAGUGCUUGGAUGCUGUAGUUAGCACAAGGCAUGAAAUGCUUCCAGAAUUCUACAAGACCGUCUCUCCUGCAUUGAUAUCCAGAUUUAAAGAGCGUGAAGAGAAUGUAAAGGCAGAUGUUUUUCAUGCAUACCUUUCUCUUUUGAAGCAAACUCGUCCUGUGCAAAGUUGGCUGUGUGACCCUGAUGCAAUGGAACAGGGAGAAACACCUUUAACAAUGCUUCAGAGUCAGGUUCCCAACAUUGUUAAAGCUCUGCACAAACAGAUGAAAGAAAAAAGUGUGAAGACCCGACAGUGUUGUUUUAACAUGUUAACUGAACUGGUAAAUGUAUUACCUGGGGCCCUAACACAACACAUUCCUGUACUGGUACCAGGAAUCAUUUUCUCACUGAAUGAUAAAUCAAGCUCAUCAAAUUUGAAGAUUGAUGCUUUGUCCUGUCUAUAUGUAAUCCUCUGUAACCACUCUCCUCAAGUCUUCCAUCCUCAUGUUCAAGCUUUGGUCCCUCCAGUGGUGGCUUGUGUUGGAGAUCCAUUUUACAAGAUAACAUCUGAAGCACUUCUUGUUACUCAACAGCUUGUCAAAGUAAUUCGUCCUUUAGAUCAGCCUUCCUCAUUUGAUGCAACUCCUUACAUCAAAGAUCUAUUUACCUGUACCAUUAAGAGGUUAAAAGCAGCCGACAUUGAUCAGGAAGUCAAGGAAAGGGCUAUUUCCUGUAUGGGACAAAUUAUUUGCAACCUUGGAGACAACUUGGGUUCUGACUUGCCUAAUACACUUCAGAUUUUCUUGGAGAGACUAAAGAAUGAGAUUACUCGGUUAACUACAGUGAAGGCCUUGACGCUGAUAGCUGGGUCGCCUUUGAAGAUAGAUUUGCGGCCUGUCCUGGGAGAAGGGGUUCCUAUCCUUGCUUCGUUUCUCAGGAAAAACCAGAGAGCUUUGAAACUGGGUACCCUUUCUGCUCUAGAUAUUCUAAUUAAAAACUAUAGUGACAGCUUGACAGCUGCCAUGAUUGAUGCAGUUCUAGAUGAGCUCCCUCCUCUUAUCAGUGAAAGUGAUAUGCAUGUUUCACAGAUGGCUAUCAGUUUUCUUACCACACUGGCAAAAGUGUAUCCUUCCUCCCUUUCAAAGAUAAGUGGAUCCAUUCUCAAUGAACUCAUUGGACUUGUUAGGUCACCUUUAUUGCAGGGGGGAGCUCUUAGUGCCAUGCUAGACUUUUUCCAAGCUCUGGUUGUCACUGGAACAAAUAAUCUAGGAUACAUGGAUUUGUUGCGUAUGCUGACCGGUCCAGUUUACUCUCAGAGCACAGCUCUUACUCAUAAGCAGUCUUAUUAUUCCAUUGCCAAAUGUGUAGCUGCUCUUACUCGAGCAUGCCCUAAAGAAGGACCAGCUGUAGUCGGUCAGUUUAUUCAAGAUGUCAAGAACUCAAGGUCUACAGAUUCUAUUCGCCUCUUAGCUCUGCUUUCUCUUGGAGAAGUUGGGCAUCAUAUUGACUUAAGUGGGCAGCUCGAACUAAAAUCGGUGAUAUUAGAAGCCUUCUCAUCUCCUAGUGAAGAAGUCAAAUCAGCUGCAUCCUAUGCAUUAGGCAGCAUUAGUGUGGGCAACCUUCCUGAAUAUCUACCAUUUGUCUUACAAGAAAUAACCAGUCAACCCAAAAGGCAGUAUCUUCUGCUUCAUUCCUUGAAGGAAAUUAUUAGCUCUGCAUCAGUGGUGGGCCUAAAACCCUAUGUUGAAAACAUUUGGGCCUUAUUGCUAAAGCACUGUGAGUGUGCAGAAGAAGGAACCAGAAAUGUUGUUGCUGAAUGUCUAGGCAAACUCACUCUAAUUGAUCCAGAAACCCUCCUUCCAAGGCUAAAGGGGUACUUAAUAUCAGGCUCAUCAUAUGCCCGAAGCUCAGUGGUUACAGCUGUGAAGUUUACUAUUUCUGAUCAUCCACAACCUAUUGAUCCACUAUUAAAGAACUGCAUAGGUGAUUUCCUAAAGACGUUGGAAGACCCAGAUUUGAAUGUAAGAAGAGUAGCCUUGGUCACAUUCAACUCAGCAGCACAUAAUAAGCCAUCGUUAAUAAGAGAUCUUCUAGAUACUGUUCUUCCACAUCUUUAUAAUGAAACAAAAGUUAGAAAGGAGCUUAUAAGAGAGGUAGAGAUGGGUCCAUUUAAGCAUACAGUUGAUGACGGCCUGGAUAUUAGAAAGGCAGCAUUUGAGUGUAUGUACACCCUUCUAGACAGUUGUUUGGAUAGACUUGAUAUCUUUGAAUUUCUAAAUCAUGUUGAAGAUGGUUUGAAGGACCACUAUGAUAUUAAGAUGCUAACAUUUUUAAUGUUGGUGAGACUCUCUACCCUUUGUCCAAGUGCAGUACUGCAGAGGUUGGACCGACUUGUUGAGCCAUUGCGUGCUACAUGUACAACUAAGGUAAAAGCAAACUCAGUAAAGCAGGAGUUUGAAAAGCAAGACGAACUAAAGCGAUCUGCCAUGAGAGCAGUAGCAGCACUGCUAACCAUUCCAGAAGCAGAGAAGAGUCCACUGAUGAGUGAAUUCCAGUCACAGAUCAGUUCUAACCCUGAGCUGGCAGCCAUCUUUGAAAGUAUCCAAAAAGAUUCAUCAUCCACUAACUUGGAAUCAAUGGACACUAGUUAGAUGUUUGUUCAACAUGGGGACCAUUACAUUGACCAUACGAUGCACUGAAUUGACAGGUUAAUCAUAAGACAUGGAACGAGAAAUGUCUAAAAGCUUCAAAAUAUUCCACUUUUUUCCUUCAUGGAGACAGUUUGGCUUUUUUCCAUUGUUGUUUUUGUAGCAUUUAUUUCAGAAAUAUGUAUUUCCAUAAUCCAGAAGUUGUAAAACCACUAAUGUUUUAGUGGUUAGGGCAACAUUUAAAAUGGAAAUCAAAAGUUAGGAUUUAUGGAAUAUGGAAAUAGAGUCCAGUAUCUAUUUUACCCUGUAAUGUUUAGGAUUAAAAUGUUAAAAUUUUGUGACCAUGAAUUUCUUUCUUUUAUAAAUUUUCUCUUAUUUAAAAAUCAAAAAUUCUGCAAGACAAAAACCAUGUUUCUUUUUCCUGUAUAACUUUUUUGUUUCAGCAACAUAAACUGAUUUUUAGCUGGCAGACAAGAAUAGCUGUGUAAGAUUACUUUUCAGAGGGUUUGGCAGUUUAAAAGAGAAUAAGGUAUCAUUUUUUUAGGUAUGGGGAUUAACAAUAUCCCUGUUGCGCACACUAAUUUUGCAUGAGCAAGUUUACAAAUACGUAUUGUCUGUAAAGCAGCAUGUGCAGAUUAUUCAUAAUACAAAAGUUAAAAUAAGUAUUAUUGUAUUAGUGCAAUUUUCAGAUAUUUAUUUUUGCACAGAAAACACAUAUCUGGAGAGAGAGAAAGGAGUAAAUUUUUGAAACUUUGGUUUUCUUAAUGCCAGUGUGAAUUUGCAGAUGUUUUCAGCAAAUCAAGUCACAAUAACAAUUUGCCACUUUUUCUAUUAUAAAUUUUCUUAUACAUUUAAAAAUCGAAUAUUUAAGUACUCAGUUUUUCUCAGUUACCCAUUUGUGUGUGUGUGUUUCCAUUUAGAAAUUCUUAAAGCCAGAUCUUUCUUUCAUUUCCUUUGGAUCCCUACAUUCCUCAUUGAGGGAUUCAGAUAACUGUGUAUGCCUUUGAAUUUUAUUUUAAGGAAAAUUCUGAAGCUAUCAGAUUUUAUUAGCUAAUAAUAUUUUCGUUUAGUUGAGUUAGAUUUUCCAGUCUGUCUUUUAGAGUUAAUUUACAUAUUGUAUUUGGUAAGCGUUGACUACUUUUUCCUGUUAAGGGGUCUGUGCUGGGGGGAACAAAGCUUUGCAGUACCUUAUAUUAUAGUUAAAUUUUUAUUUAACAUAUCCAUCAGUGAGCUCAUUUCACACUGUAGCCUCUUCCUUCAAAUUUGUGGUGCUCCUGUAACAGUAAGAACUAACUUCUGAAAUAAAAGACAUCUCCUAAUGCUGUGCAAACAUAGUUUACAUGUAUUGAAGGAGGCAGUUGUUAAAUUGACCGAUUUUAAGCAUUCAGAUAUUUGAAAACUGUACCCUUUAUUUUUUGAAACUGUGAAUUAGAAACAUUUUUCCUGCUGUAUUGCCUGCUUUAACAUUCAAAUAUGCAGUGAUUUUAAUUGAUAGCAUACUGUGGUUAUUAGAUUAACAGCUUGACUUCAGAUAUUCAGAUGAUAAUGCAUAAGGCAUCAUUACCAGUAGGGCUUUUGACUAGUACAUUGACAUGGAACAUUACAUGAUGUUGGUGCCAUUUCAAAAUGUGGCAGGUGAUAAUCUUAUACCAUAAUUUGCAUAAAACUGUAGUAGAAAUUUAUUUUGAGAUGUUAGUAUAUAAUGUACUAUGCAUUACCGUGGUAUAGAUGUUGUGGAUAUUUAAGUAUUUGGUUACAUGGUUUCACAAUAAAUUACAAUACUGCAGGCUCUAGGACCAAAUAGGAGACUGACAUGCUAUAUGUUGUGUGAAUGUGAAUGUCUUAGUUAAUUGUCUAAAGUUAAAUCCAAACACUUUUUAUGUAGUGGAUUUCUCUUUCAUCUUUUAACUUCUGAAAAGCUUAUAGGUUUUUUUUUUUUUUGAGUCUUGCAAAAUGGCUAGUUUUUCUAAUAUAGCUGAAACUAUCUUUUAACAAAAGAAAUAGAUUCUGCUCCUUUCUAGUAGUAGAUAAUGGUUUGUUUAUAUAUAUAUAAUAUACAUAUAUAUUAUAUGUAUAUAUUCACAUAUAUUAUAAAAUUAGUAAAAGAAUACUCAGAUUUUAUAUGCUGAGUCAUACUGGUUAAUUUCAUACUUUCUAGUGGUGAUGUCCUGCCAUUGGAAUGGAAGUUGCAAGUGUGGGGUUAAGUCAUAAUCUGCCACUCAUACUGCUUUCCGGUCUUUUUAAACAUUAGGAAGUUCUGCUUAGCAAUUCUGCAUAUGUGGUAGUCCCUCAGGAGAUCUUUAAUAGUAAGAGAACAGCUGUUUGCUAAUUUUCUUGAGGACAUUUAAAUUGUUCAGAUCUACUUGAUUUCUUUUUAAAGAAAGCUCAAUAUGGGAUUGUGUUUUGAGGUUACAUUAUUUUAUGAAACUAAGGCAGAAAGGAAAUUUUGUAUGGCAAGGUCUGACCCAAACAUUUAUAGAGUAAGUAGCAGUGAAUAAUUUUUAAAAUAGUGGUCAUGUAAAGCUGCUUAACCACCCGGAAUUAGAAUUCUUAAAAGGUUGGAGUAUGGUGACUUCAACAGAUGUUUGAAUGUUUACAUAAUUUUUAUGUAUCCAUAGGUAACCAAAUCAUUUUUUUUACACUUUUGUUGCAUAAGAAAGAAAUAACAGAGGGGUAUAUCUAAUUUAACCAGAUUUAAGUGAUGUUCUGAUAUCGUUAUAUCUAGCUCAGUUUCAGAUAUAUGAAUGUGAUUAUGUAGGCAUGAUUAAAAUUCAAAAUAAUGAAAUAUACAAAAUCCUCAGUCAUCAAAAAAUUCAAUUAACUGGUUAAUAAGCCUUGUAAGGCGAGUUUAGCCACAUGAUAGAGUAUAUACUAAUACUUCACAAUUUUUAAAAAGUUGAAUUAACAUUUUUCUGCCCAAAUUUUAUCAAAAAUUUCAGUGAAAAGUAACUGCCAAUCUCUUAAGAGCAGAAUGGCACAGUGGAAGUGUGCUGGGCCCAUAACUGCCAGUUUCUAGAUAAUAUUUUGUUAUUAAAGAGCUUAAAAUUUUGAUCAAGUAAAUUUGGAUUCUAGCUCUAUCUUACACCAAAUCCUAAUUUUCAAACCACUGCCAUCCCAGAUUCAUGUCUGUUUUUGAGAUUUUAUUUGACCCUCUGUGGAAUGGAAAACAGACAGUAACAGCAACAGUUAGUUCAUUUUACAGUUUGGGAAAAGGAUAGUCUGGUUUUAACUCACUUUUCCAAUUAAGUUAAAAAAAAAAAAAAAGCCUUUGGCUACAAACCAGAACUCAUUGGACUAACUUGGUGGCAGGCUGCCAAAAGCUCACCAGAUAAGGCCAUUUUCUUAAGAAACUUGCACAAUGAAAUUACAUAUUUCCACUUCACAGUACAGUAAGUUGUUAAUGUCUCUGGAUGAUUUUUAGUAGAGGAAGUCUUAAUACCCUGACUUCUUUGUACUUUUAAUUCUGAUUUUAAAUGAUUAUCCCGUGAUUGUUUUGGCAGUUGAAUGGCUUCACUUACAUCUUAGAUGAGAAAAAGCUAUCUGAACUGAAAUUCUCUAUUAGGAUAUACUGGAAUUAGUGUAUUUAGCCACUAUCAGUAACUAAUGGUUGAUGCACAUGGAUUUUAUUCUAGAAUGUUCUCUCAAGACAAAUCUGAAGAAUUGUAUUUCAGAACUGGUUAAUGUAUACCAUGGUAAUUUCAUGAUUUAAUAGCUUGUAAUAAUCCUAAUUACUUUGAAAAGCUGUUUGACUUGUUUCAUAGACAUUUCACUUUUAAUGUAAACCCAACUGCUUACUUAGGUAAGGGCAGCUAAAUGUGUGUUCUGGUAGCUUACUCUAAUCCUAAUGUAGGAUUUUUUUAAAGACACCAGAUGUGUACUUUGCUUGGAAUCAUUACCAUCAGUGAAUGAGAUUAGGCUUUCCUAAAGGGUCUGGAAAUAAACUCCUACUAGUUUCUUAUUCUAGAAAUAAAGCUCAUGCUUUCCUCCAGAAUUUAGCAGACUUUGGUAGAAAAACAUGUUCUGUUUAGAUCAGGAUUUCUCACCUAUGACACUGACAUUUUGGACUGAAAAAAUUCCGUGUCAUGGGGGGCUGCCUUGUACAUUGUAGCAUCCCUGGCCUCUUCCCACUUAAAAUACCAGAUGUACCACCCCCAGUUGUGACAACCAGAACUGUCUCCAGAUAUUGCCAAAUGUCCCCAGUAGAAUAGGGGUGAGAGGGAGAGUGCAAAGUUGUCCCAGUUGAGAAUCACUAUUUUAGAGAGAUUUUUGUUUCUUGUUAGCAGCUAUAACCAACUGAGAUUCUAUACAUGUAGAAGUUUUCAGACAUUCUUAAGUGUCAGUUCUUCAUCUUCCUAACUUAAAAAUACUGCUGCUUACCAACUUACUUUGUCCCACCAAUUAAUUAGAACUAUCAUGAUUUAUGGAAAAUAGGUUUCUACUCUGUGUACUACCUCCUCUGACUUAAAUGGAUGGUCUUUAUUAAACCCUUUAACAUACUGUUUUUUUGGCCAUAAAAUACUUUCUCAUUCUUAAAAUAUAUAGAUGUAUAGAAGGGGCUUAUAUACAGGGGAAUAUGAGCCAGUGUGAGUGCUUUGCAAUUGAUGUACUAUAUAAAAAAGAAGCUGGAACAUCUUACUUAAGUAGAUUUUCAAGAUUAUUCAUUUACACUCUUGAACAGUUUCUUAAUUUAUUUCUGGAACUAAAGACUUGUUUCCCAGUGCAGGUAAUUUCCUAUUUAGCUGUAAUAUUUAAAGACAUGCCAAACAGUGAUUUGUGUGUGUGUGUGUAAUUUAUAUAUAUAUAUACAUAUAUAUAUAUUUGAACUUAAUGUAACUAUUAAAAAACUGACUCUAGCAGAUUUUUGCUAUUUUUCUAGGAUUAGUUGAUGUCUGGAGAAAAUAAAAUCUCUUAUGAAUCUUGAUAGCCACACAUGAGAUUUUAAAGACUGAUGGUGGUAGCAAGUGACAGAAAAACCAUCAUAAAUUGCCUGUUCUUUGAAACAAAACGACUGAGUUGUCUUUCAAGCUUUUGAACCAUUUCAAUCCCACUUAGCAGAAAUGGUGUAAACAAAUAAAAGUUAUUUUCCUUUUA